CAAGGACACAGACUUUCUCUGAAUAAGUGAGUGUCUGCUGCUGCAUCAUUUGGAACUGUCCCUUGGUCUCAGAAGAAAACGUGCAAAAGACGAAUCGGCAGCAUGUCAGAUUUAAAGGAGAUUUGCAGCGGGUUACCCCUGAAUCCUUUACCCCCAAACCGGGGGAGAGAUCCAAAUGUGCCCCAUGCUCCUGUCCGGACCCCCAACCUCACAGCUGAGGAGGAACGACUGGCGCUGAGAAAUGCUCUGCGCUACUUCCCACCAUCCCACCAUGCUAUACUCGCAUCUGAAUUUGCUCAAGAGCUGCGGCAGUACGGCCACAUAUACAUGUACCGCUUCUGCCCUGCAAUCCGGAUGAGAGCUUAUCCUAUAGAUCAGUAUCCCUGCCGCACAAGACAAGCAGCAGCUAUGAUGCUAAUGAUCAUGAACAACCUGGACCCAGCUGUGGCUCAGUUUCCCCAGGAGCUUGUCACCUAUGGAGGAAACGGACAGGUGUUUAGUAACUGGGCCCAGUUUCGCCUUGUGAUGCACUACCUGAGUGAGAUGACUGAGGAGCAAACUCUGGUCAUGUACAGCGGACACCCCAUGGGCUUGUUCCCCAGCCUGCCCUCCUCACCUCGCGCUAUCAUCACUAAUGGCAUGGUUAUUCCAAAUUAUUCCUCCAGAGAACAAUAUGAGAAGAUGUUUGCUCUUGGAGUCUCAAUGUACGGCCAAAUGACAGCAGGCAGCUACUGUUACAUUGGUCCACAAGGGAUUGUUCAUGGAACUAUGCUGACUGUACUGAAUGCUGGGCGGAGGUAUCUGGGCAGCGAUGAUUUGAGGGGCCGCGUCUUUGUGACUUCAGGCCUUGGGGGAAUGAGCGGUGCCCAGGCAAAAGCUGCUGUCAUUGCCGGCUGUGUUGGUGUCAUUGCAGAGGUGGAUGAAGCUCCACUGAGGAAGAGACAUGAGCAGGGUUGGGUUAUGGAGGUGACCAGCAACUUGGAGCAAUGCAUCAAACGCAUCAGAGAAGCCAGGAGCUCCAAGACCCCCCUUAGUUUGGGAUACCACGGCAAUAUUGUAGACUUGUGGGAGAGGCUGUUGCUUGAGUUUGAAAGAACAGGAGAACUUCUGGUGGAUCUGGGUUCAGACCAGACUUCGCUGCACAAUCCCUACAACGGGGGUUACUACCCUGUCCCACUCAGCUUCCGCCAGGCAAACCAGCUCAUGUCCACAGAUCCUGGACGAUUCAGAAGCGCCGUCCAAGAGAGUCUCAGGAGACACAUAAAAGCCAUCAACAAGUUAUCAGAUGCAGGUAUGUUCUUCUGGGAUUAUGGCAAUGCAUUCCUCCUUGAGGCCCAAAGAGCAGGUGCGGACGUCGCCAAAGUUGGCGGAGGAGCAACGGAGUUCCGUUAUCCGUCUUAUGUCCAACAUAUAAUGGGGGACAUUUUUUCAUUGGGGUUUGGGCCUUUCCGCUGGGUUUGUACAUCGGGUGAUCCUCAAGACCUGGCCGCGACUGAUGACAUUGCUGCUAAGGUUCUAGAGGAAAUCUCUGGCAAUGUGUCAGAGCGUGUGCGGCAGCAGUACAGAGACAACAUCCACUGGAUCAGAAAAGCUGGAAAACACAAAAUGGUAGUUGGAUCUCAAGCUAGGAUCCUCUAUUCAGACCAGAAAGGAAGAGUGUGCAUUGCUUUAGCCAUAAACCAGGCCGUUGCGGAGGGAAGAGUCUCAGCACCAGUGGUGAUCAGCAGAGACCACCAUGAUGUGAGCGGCACAGACAGUCCCUUCAGAGAGACCUCUAAUGUGUAUGAUGGUUCUGCAUUCUGUGCAGAUAUGGCCGUGCAGAACUUUGUAGGUGAUGCCUUCAGGGGUGCCACAUGGGUGUCUCUGCAUAAUGGUGGUGGUGUUGGCUGGGGCGAGGUGAUAAAUGGAGGAUUUGGUUUGCUGCUGGACGGCUCAGACGAGGCAGCUAAGCGUGCAAGGCUGAUGCUCAACUGGGACGUCUCUAACGGGGUGGCCCGUCGCUGCUGGUCUGGAAACACAAAUGCCUAUGAGACAAUCCAAAGCACCAUGGAGGAGAACAGGCAGCUGCGCGUCACCAUGCCCUUUCAAGUUCAGGAUGAGCAUGUGCUGGAUCGAGCCUUACAGGGAUAACUAACACUUUGAUGGUUGGACUUAAUUACAUCCAAAGAGCAGAGGAAACAAGCAGCUGCCUUUAUUUCAGGGCAUUUAUCUAAAUAAGGCUUUAUUCACCCGAUGAAGAGAAAUUUCCCACAAAGUUAAAUUCAAACUCUGAAAGUGUUUUACAGAGUAACUCGCUUUAAACCUGCAAAAUCUUUCAUAAUCCAUCAGUGUUAAAGAUGAUGGUUGACUAACAUGGAUGUUGUAAAAUUCAACUCUAGAUGGUUGGGCCAUCCAGCCAGCUGUUAGGAAAAAGAAUAUUUUUGAAAAAGGUAUAAAUACUUAAUCGCAUUUGAUCACACACAUUAUCUGUGCUUAGAAUAAAUAUAA